AUGUAACCAAGUUCGUUGCCGACCAAUAUUCCUUAGUCGCAAAACCUCUUUUCUUUAUGUUCAUCACAUUGUCCGAAACUUAUUGUUUUCUUUAGGAAAGAGCAGGAAGACUCGACCGUGUGAGAACAGAUAGAGAGACUGAGAAGACGCCGCAAGCCCCAGCAUUGGUGGUUUGGCGGUGGUCGAGUCGUCCUGGAGCUGUCUCGUUGUUUCUCGACGGCCGAGAAGGAAGAAACCGAGCGGCUAACCAUGGAGAUUGGUGGUCCAACCAAUAUCCAACACGUGGCUCACGUGACCUUUGAUCGCUUCAACGGUUUCCUUGGCCUGCCUUCUGAGUUCGAGCCUGAUGUCCCCAAAAAAGCUCCCAGUGCAAGUGCAACAGUGUUUGGGGUUUCGACAGAGUCAAUGCAGUUAUCAUAUGAUUCGAGGGGGAACUGUGUUCCUGUGAUACUCUUGCUAUUACAGAGUAGGCUAUAUGAUCAAGGAGGCUUGCAGGUGGAAGGAAUAUUCAGAAUAACAGGAGAGAACAGUGAGGAAGAGUACGUAAGGGAGCAGCUAAACAAAGGGUUGAUACCUGAUGGGAUCGAUGUUCAUUGUCUAGCUGGACUUAUCAAGGCUUGGUUCAGAGAGCUACCGAGAGGGGUACUGGAUCCUCUACCAGCGGGGCAAGUGAUGCAGUGCGAGUCAGACGAUGAUUUUGUCAAGGUUGUGAGGCUCUUGCCUCAGACAGAAGCUUCUCUUCUCAAUUGGGCAAUCAAUCUCAUGGCUGAUGUAGUUCAGUUUGAGCAUGUUAACAAGAUGAACUCUCGUAACCUUGCUUUAGUCUUUGCCCCUAACAUGUCUAAGAUGGCAGACCCGUUGACUGCAUUGAUGUAUGCGGUUCAAGUGAUGAAGUUGCUGAAGAGCCUCACAGAGAAAAUCCUGGGAGAAAGGGGAGCCACGUCUUCUCAUGUUGAUAAGAGAUGUAGCAAUGAAGCCGAAGAAGGUGAGAAGGAAGAAAAAGAUGGUGUGUACAUAAUUGAGAAAGAAGCGCCAGAGAUAAUAAGAGUCGUUGUUGAUGGUUGAUGAACACAAGGCAUGAUGCAUGAAGAUUGCGUUUGAAGGUUCUAGUACUUCUGAUUCUAAGGGAGUUCUAUAGCCACUCAUUUGCAAACCGAACCCCAUAUACAAGUGUAACUGAUGUUCUUUAUUAUAUUUUGCGUCUUGGUUGCUUGUUAAAAUAUAUUCGUGUAUGUAACUUCUAGGUAAUGUAGUUUGUUGUUGAAUGAUGAUAUGGUACAAGACUACUAAUU